UAAAAUCACAAUCAGUGACAGUGCGAAAAUCUGGAGAGUCACUUGAUUCAGAUGCUCCGAUUCCGUAUCCCUUCCUCUUUCUCCUUCUAGAUCUUCGGAGCUUCCUCAUCCCCGAUCCUCAGGUUUUACAGUAUAAAUCAGUAGAGAAAUACAAACGGCGAUGGACACGGACAACAAGUUCUUGAACAUGGGUGUCCUCAUAGUGGCCACCAUUGUUGUGGCCAAGCUCGUCAUGUCCUUCCUGCUAUCUGGCUCGAAGAAGCGUGUUCCUCCCACUGUUCGAGCAUGGCCUCCCGUAAUCGGAAGCCUGCUUCGCUUCUUGAAAGGCCCGAUCGUAAUGCUCAGAGAGGAAUACCCGAAGCUUGGCAGUGUCUUCACUGUGAAGCUUGUUCAUAAGAACAUCACCUUUCUGAUUGGCCCUGAAGUGUCGGCUCACUUUUUCAAGGCCCCUGAGACCGAUCUCAGCCAACAGGAAGUCUAUCAGUUCAAUGUGCCCACUUUUGGUCCAGGAGUUGUGUUUGAUGUGGAUUACUCCAUUCGCCAAGAGCAGUUCCGGUUCUUCACUGAGUCUCUACGAGUCAACAAACUUAAGGGUUAUGUUGAUCAGAUGGUCACGGAAGCAGAGGAUUUCUUCUCGAAAUGGGGAGAUAGUGGUGAAGUGGACAUAAAGGGUGAGCUAGAGCGUCUCAUCAUCUUGACCGCCAGUAGAUGUCUACUGGGCCGAGAAGUCCGUGACCAGCUCUUUGACGACGUCUCCGCCUUGUUUCACGACCUUGACAAUGGAAUGCUCCCUAUCAGUGUUCUCUUCCCAUAUCUCCCCAUCCCAGCUCAUCACCGCCGUGACAAGGCCCGUGCAAGGCUGGCUGAGAUUUUCGCAAAGAUCAUCUCAUCGAGAAAAUGCUCGGGCAAAUCCGAGAACGACAUGCUGCAAUGUUUCAUCGACUCAAAGUACAAAGAUGGUCGAUGCACAACUGAAGCCGAGGUCACCGGCUUGCUUAUCGCCGCUCUGUUUGCCGGACAACACACGAGUUCUAUCACUUCGACAUGGACUGGAGCCUACCUCAUGAAAUACAAGCAAUACUUCUCGGCCGCAUUGGAUGAGCAGAAGAAACUGAUCGAAAAACAUGGGGACAAGAUCGAUCAUGACAUCUUGUCCGAGAUGGAUGUUCUUUACCGUUGCAUUAAGGAAGCUUUGAGACUCCACCCACCACUAAUCAUGCUCAUGCGGGCCUCCCACAGCGAUUUCAGCGUGACAGCCUCGGACAAAGAGUACGACAUUCCAAAGGGUCAUAUCAUCGCAACUUCACCGGCAUUCGCCAACCGGCUUCCUCAUAUCUUUAAAGAACCCGACACGUAUGAUCCCGAUAGAUUUGCCCCAGGAAGGGAAGAGGACAAAGCGGCUGGGGCAUUCUCAUACAUCUCCUUCGGGGGAGGCAGGCAUGGGUGCCUCGGGGAGCCAUUUGCGUACCUUCAGAUCAAAGCCAUAUGGAGUCAUUUGUUGCGGAACUUUGAGCUUGAGCUGGUUUCGCCUUUCCCCGAGAUCGACUGGAAUGCUAUGGUGGUCGGCGUGAAAGGGCAGGUGAUGGUUCGUUACAAGCGGCGCCCGCUUUGCUGAUGGUCAUGCAAAAACCUGGUAACGAAAGAGUAGGUUUUUUCUAAGUUAUUGUAACCCUGGAACCUGUUUCUGUCCGGUUUUUUCACCUUCGUUACCUCUCUCGUUUGUUUUUAGUUUGUGAUCGUUCGAUGUCGCUGCUGCUUUCGGGUUUUGCCCCAAACUGUUGUUUCGAGCUUUUGUCGGGUUCUGAGUUGUUGGAUACUCCCAAGUUUUGAUUUGUCUC